AUGCAGUCACCCAUCAAUGAACAACCACUCGAACUCCCUGAAGUUCAGUAUGUCCCCAUCGAGAUCCCAGACACCGAACUACCACCAGCUCCACCCGCACCAACCAACACACUGGUUGAAGUCCCUAUGGCAACAUUCACUCAAGAAGACAUCGAUCAGCGCAUCGCUGUCGCCCUCGCAGCAUACCAAUCCCAGCACGGAAAGGCAGAGGACCUCAGACGCUUCAUCCAAUGUGUCCUCUCCUACUUCGUUGCCACCAACAACACCCGACUCAGCGAUGAAGCAAAGAUCGCCUUCACUGUAGCGCUGAUGAGGAAGGAUCUGGGGAAAACAUGGGCGGACGCGUAUUACGAAAAGUCGGCAGGGGGAGUCCAGGUCUAUUCCACAUGGGCAAACUUCGUCGCCGCCCUAGAAGAGGCGUUCCCUGAGCACAGAACGCGAAUCAAGGCACAUCAAAUCCUGAUGAAACUGCCUGAACGACAGAAGGAUAGGAAGACGGCGCUCUCCCUCGGUAACUACGUCACCCGCUUCAAGCAGCUGGCAUUGAAGGCUCAGCUCAAGGACACCGAGGUUAAUGGCACCAACUGCGUUGAGAACGACUACCACACUCUCCACGCCAACUUC